CCCCGUACACGAGAGCCCCGUAUAUGUGAGUCCCGUACACGAGAGUCCUGUACACGUGAGCCCCGUAUCUUCUUCAACUCCAUGCACAAAGAAGGUUCCAACUCCAAAGUCUGAUUACGCAAGUCCAGUACACGUGAUCCCUGUAUCCUCAAGCUCAUCUAAAUGCACCAAGAAGGUGUCUGAACACACGAGCCCGGUAUACGUGAGCCCAGUAUCAACUCCUGAAUCGAGCCCUGUAUACGUGAGCCCCGUGUCUUCAACUCCAUGCACGAAGAAGGUUCCAACUCCCGAGUCCGAGAGCCCAGUAUACGUGAGCCCAGUAUCCUCAACCCCAUGCACAAAGAAAGUUGGUCAAACCCCGGCUGUAGAUUAUCAACAUGACUAUGUAAAAACUUCAACCAAAUGCACAAAGAAGGUUGGAAAGCCAACCCCAGCCGUUGAUCAUGUAGAUUUCGAUUAUGGUUACGAGCACCACCAUUGGGACAAUGGAAAUGAUUACGACAAUGACGACGUAACAACCACUUCUACUUCUACCAAAUGCACAAAGAAGGGUGGAAAGCCAACUCCAGCUGUUGAUAAUAACAACGAUGACAACGGUUACGAUCACGACCACUACUGGGACAAUGGAAAUGAUUACGACAAUGACGACGUAACAACCACUUCUACUUCUACCAAAUGCACAAAGAAGGGUGGAAAGCCAACUCCAGCUGUUGAUAAUAACAACGAUGACAACGGUUACGAUCACGACCACUACUGGGACAAUGGAAAUGAUUACGAUAAUGACGACGUAACAACCACUUCUACUUCUACCAAAUGCACAAAGAAGGGUGGAAAACCAACUCCAGCUGUUGAUAAUAACAACGAUGACAACGGUUACGAUCACGACCACUACUGGGACAAUGGAAAUGAUUACGAUAAUGACGACGUAACAACCACUUCUACUUCUACCAAAUGCACAAAGAAGGGUGGAAAACCAACUCCAGCUGUUGAUAAUAACAACGAUGACAAUGGUUACGAUCACGACCACUACUGGGACAAUGGAAAUGAUUACGACAAUGACGAUGUAACAACCACUUCUACUUCUACCAAAUGCACAAAGAAGGGUGGAAAGCCAACCCCAGCCGUUGAUAACGACAAUGAAUAUAAUAAUGGUUAUUAUGGUGAUGGCGAUAAUUCUGACAAUUAUGUAUCGACUUCAACAAAAUGCACAAAGAAGUACGGUGACCAAUAUGUAAACGAAGAAUCAAUUCCAACCACAGCCAGUUCAAGCGAUUCAGUCUCAACCACCCCAACAGUAACCGAGGAAUCGAUUGGUGAUCUAGUUUCUACAACCGAUUUAAGUUUACCAACCACCACAACCACCUCAAGCGAUCCUACCACCACAACUGAUUCAACCACUUCCACUAAUGAUUCGACUACUACGACCACCACAUCAUCCACAUAA